GACAACUUGUUGAAACAUGGAGUGCUCCAUCAAACACCAAAGCUUUCCGUUUGUUUCGGGCUCGGAGAACCUUUAACCGCUUGUAGCUAGUCUGCUAGUCAAGGACCCUGCCCUGCUCAACAUGGACCUGCUCACCGUGUUUUCCUUUCUGGGGUUCGUCCUUGUGUUAAUCCUAGGCCUUGCGUACAAGCAUCCUCAUCGAUGCGAAAACAUGCGGCAAGACACCGUUCCUGCCGACUUGGAUGGCGAGGCAUUGCCGAUGCAGCAGGCUUGCGGCGUUGGCGAUGUGUACCUACCAUGUCCUCCCGACAUGGACGUAGACGACUUUUACUUACCGAUGGCCCCCUUCACUGUUAGCCCUAGCCAACAGCAACCCCACCGCUCGGAGGCUUCCAGUGACAGUUUGGAGCAUUCGAUCCCCUUUCCUGAUGCUGCGGCUGUCACCUACGUCUUCAGCAAUUCCGAUGUGGGUCAUGCCGACGUUACGAACAGUGAUAGGAGUCCCGCCCAGGCCUCGCAGUCCUCCUGUCCUCGUAAGGACCGCUGCAGCUUCGAAACGGCCUACACGCUUCCUGGACCCAAGCUGGACCGCAACCUGGACGUAACCUUGUCGCCAUCAAAAAUAACGAUGACGACACCAGCAGCCGCUGCCCGCUGCCGUGCACCCAUGUCAGCCGCCACCACUCCCUGCCGUCGCCUGGCUGCCGGCAGUAGGCUAUGUGCUGCUCCACACUUCUUUAGCCCACAAGCACCGCCGCCGUCGCCCCUGCCGUCACCGCCGCCUCGAGGGCAGCUGAGGUUGCGGCCGCACUCCUUACCUCCCAGCGCCAGGGCAGGCAGGAAGCUGUUUGGAGAGGACCAGCAGGAGGGUGCCACGGUGGCAGAUCUGGUGGCAUCGGCUGGUUCACCUAGACCCAGUAGAGCGAACAGCGCUUGCAGCAAGUCUGUGGAGGCCGCGGAGAGGGAGGAACCAGUGUUCUCGUCAGGAGGAGCAGCGGACUCCGAGGGGGAUGCAGCAAGGUCCGGGGAGUUAUGCGGGUUGCUGCCGUGCGACAGCAUCUUGGUACCGACUUCCGUCGGUCCCUCAUCUCCUUCCCCGUCCUCAUGGGGAAGCUACCGAUCCACGGGUAUCGGGGCGAGCUUAGAUGUGGGUGGAGGCGCAGAUAUGGUGGAUGUGGGUGCAGAUGACACAGGCAGCAACGGCGGUAGCAGCUGCGGCACCAGCGGCGGCGGCCAGGACAGCAGCGAGGGGGGUAGCUAUGGGAACGGCAGUGGCGGCGGAGGGAACUGCGGCACCUGCAGCGGUGAUGGAAGCUGGGGCGGCAAUAACGAUGGCGGGCACUGCGUCAGUGCCCACGAAACCACCAGCAGUGGCGGCUUGGAGGGCGAGCAUUGCGGCCCCGGUUACCUUGACAGUAUCCAGGACACCGUUACCAGCCCCGACGGCGCUAUUACGGAUACGGGUACCGAUGCGUGCAAAGGGGCCGCUGGCAGCGAUGCUGGCGGCGGCACCUCUUGCCCUGGCACCACCGGCGAUCAGGGUAGCAGCAACGUAACCGACAGCAGCAGCGUUGUCGCUGCAUUGACAACUCCAUUACCGGCAAGGUCCAAAGGAGUGGGGGACACGCCUGCAGCGACCGCCGAAAACGGCGACGCCAUGCCCCGCUGCGACGGCGGUUCCAGCCAUGCCGGCUGUAGCAGCCCUAUCAGUGGAAACGUUGGCGACAGGGAUGAUCGCAGCCAAUUGCAUGACGGGCGAGACUUGCAGAAGGACAGUCGUGGCCCACAUGGCAGCAAUAAGGCAAGAAGUAAAAGCACCAGCAGCAGCGGCAUGAGCGGUAUACCAAGUGCCAGCAAGGGCAGUAGCAGCAGUAA